UCGUGUCUGGUCUCUCGGAUACCGUCCUUGACGGAUGCUGCUGUCUUUUAGCAGCUUGUUAAGUCCAAGCGUCCAGUCACCAUCCAGACUUCUUCCAGUGUGGUCACGUUGACUUACCAGCAUGUGCACAUCUCACUAAGUGGCGGUCAUAUGAUGUGCCUGGCGCGGAUGAGUGUCUCGUGUUACCCCGUUGUGCUGGUGGUGGUGGUGAUGUGGUGCGCCACCACCACACCCACCACUGCCACCUGGGACGCUGCAGCUGCCGCUAAUAGCAACAAGGAAAAUGUUAGCAGUGCCAUUACCAAUAGCAUAACAGUCCUUGCCACCAAUACCACUGACAAAUCCACCACCGACAUUAGUGCGGGUGUCAACACCACCACCACCACCAUUAACCUUGUUACCCUCCCCUUCACCACCACCAACGCCCCAGAGAAACCCAGCACAACACACUCCCCCGGAACUGAACUCAAUAUUAAGAACACGAUUGUCCUCCCCGAGGAGCUGAUAAAACCUCCCACCACGCCCCUGGCAGAAGAGCCUCCCACCACGCCCCUGCAGGACGAUCCUCCCACCACGCCCCUGCAGGACGAUCCUCCCACCACGCCCCUGCAGGACGAUCCUCCCACCACGCCCCUGCAGGACGAUCCUACCACCACGCCCCUGCAGAACGAUCCUACCACCACGCCCCUGCAGGACGAUCCUCCCACCACGCCCCUGCAGGAUGAUCCUACCACCACGCCUCUGCAGGACGAUCCUCCCACCACGCCCCUGCAGGAUGAUCCUACCACCACGCCCCUGCAGGACGAUCCUCCCACCACGCCCCUGCAGGAUGAUCCUACCACCACGCCCCUGCAGGACGAUCCUACCACCACGCCCCUGCAGGACGAUCCUACCACCACGCCCCUGCAGGACGAUCCUACCACCACGCCCCUGCAGGACGAUCCUACCACCACGCCCCUGCAGGACGAUCCUACCACCACGCCCCUGCAGGACGAUCCUACCACCACGUCCCUGCAGGACGAUCCUCCCACCACGCCCCUGGAAAAAGAGCCUCCCACCACGCCCCUGGAAAAAGAUCCUCCCACCACGCCCCUGGAAAAAGAGUCUGCCACCACGCCCCUGGAAAAAGAACCUCCCACCACGCCCCUGGAAAAAGAGUCUGCCACCACGCCCCUGCAAUAUCUUACCAACAUCAGCCAGUCGUGUGAGGAUGAUGAUGAUGAUGAUGAUGCCCUCUUAAAACCAGUAUUCGCCGUGUGUACAGAUAAGUAUUUGAAAUGGGAUCCUAUCGAACUGAGCGAGGAAAUGCCCUGGAUAAGUAAUAAGAACGUGUUAAAUUGUAUGUUGUCCAACGGCUUAUAUUGGCAUAGAUUUUCCACAACCUUUGGGUGGAUGACGAGGGUAUGUGUAAGUCUGUCCUGCGCGUGCCUGCUGCUCCAUCUGGCUGCCUUCGUCCUCCUGCCACAUCUGAGGAACCCUUCUGGCAGGAACCUCGCGUCUCUGUGCCUGGCGCUGCUGGGUGCCUACAUCACCCUGCUGCUCAGCAUGGUGGUGGGCAUAGGGGAUCCUGGCUGCGUCACUCUGGCUGCGGCCAUGUAUUACUUCAUCGUGACUUCGGCCACCUGGAUGAACGUGAUCGCCUUCGACGUGUGGUACACCGUCCGCCUGACUCAGCGGCAGCUGCGUGUGUCGAGCGGCGCCCAAUGGUACAGGUUCAUUGCCUACUCCCUGUACAGCUGGCUGCUCCCUGGCGCCGCCACGCUGGCCCUGGUGCUGGUGGAAAACCUGAAGCCAUGUGGCUUACCGGAAGACCUCCGGCCAGGCCUGGGAAGGAUGUGGUGCUGGUUCAAUCACGACAAGGCGCUGCUGGCAUUCUUCGUGGCGCCCAUGAUGAUCCUCACCGUGAUAAACAUCGUCUUCUUCGUCAGCACCGCCGUCAUCAUCACGCAGACCAGCAGCACGGCGGCGGCCUCCUCGGCUCGGGGCAACAACUCCCGGCGCCAGUACACGAUGUACCUGAGGCUGGCGGUGCUGAUGGGCUUCUGCUGGAUGAGCGGAAUUGCGGCGAGUUACUUGAACAAGGAUGUGCUUUGGUACGUGGCCAUGUUGCUCGGCUCGCUGCAGGGCAUCUUCAUCACUGUGGCCUUCACUUUCAAAUAAAAGGUAUGGCAGUGCAUGGGCAUUACAAUGUUUGCCCAAAAUUAUAGAGUUGAAGUGAAAGCACAGUGCUGUACUAGACUAAGUGUUGGUGCGGUUAGCCAUGAUCUGUAGUCAUGGGCCAAAGUUUAUAGACUCCCUGAACGUUGACUAUCCCAAGAUCGAGGUAGGUCAGAUCUGCCUGGUUGACCUUGUUGAUGGAAUCCGUGACGCCACGCUCACCCCACCUUUUAGAUUUGCCGCACUCAUCUCAUUUGGGUAGACGUGACUAGCACGCAUCAUUCGCUCAGGUCAGAUUUAGUUGCACAAAGGUGCCAUCAGGAAGGAUUUUACCUGUAAUGAAGCAAACAGCAGUGGGUAUUAAAAACUAUUUGGUAAAUUUUUACUUGAUACCCGUCCUCCCUCACGCUGGUGCUUUUACUUUAUACUUUUUUUUUUUAUUGUGUUUUUAUAUGAUUCACUUGAGGCAUAAAUUUCCUCUUCACUCCCCCAUCCACUCGACCCACAGGCAGGGGAGAUUGGAAAACAAAGGAUUUCUGACAGAAGAAUGAGGCCCAAGUCAAAUCAGCCAUAAAAACAACCCAGAAAAAAGUAGAAUUGUGAAGAAAACGUAACCAAAUCUAACUAAACUUAACCAAACCAAACAAACCAAACCUAACUAAUCUAACCUAACCUAACCUAACAAACCAAACCUAACUAACCUAACAACCUAACCUAACCUAACCUAACCUAAGUAAUCUAACCUGACGUAGUAACUUGCAUACCUUGUUAGUUUUCAUUAUUACUGGAGUCGGCUGGAGGUAAGGGAACUAUGGCCGUGAUUUCUUAGAAAUUUCAAUGAAGACACAUUAUCCCUGUGUGACAGCUUAAUUAUACCAUGUGGAGUAGGAGCACACCCCACACAGAGCUUGGCCAUCGUGUAACUGAUAUUUCAAAUAUGUCUCCACAUAGGGUGGCAUUUGCGUGUGCGCAGCAUGAGGUGAUAGCACAUGAUUGGGUAUCAAUUAAUAAAUCAAAUGUGAUUGGAGCAUUCAGUAUUAGUGUUGGAAAAAAUCGGUAAGUGGCAGCAGUGUCGACUGUGAAGAGAUGCGAGCUUAACAGGUCCGCCUUCAAAGCCCCUCCGCGUGGGAUAAAUAAUACUUGAAAAAUUCCUAGCUCAAAAACUAUUACCUUGCGACAGAAAGACUGUAGAAAAAAUGUCUUACAAGAGUCUCAAUUAUCAUAAAAACCGGUAAGAAAAAACUGAGGUGAGUGACUGGGUGUAAACUUCGAUAAUAUCAACUGUCAUGAUGUUGAUCCUCAACCAUGCUAAGUGUGUGCUGUGUAUGGCUGUGACAUCAUCAAAAGUAAUAUGGUAGAUUCUAUAUAAUCAAAUGUUAUGGUUUCUCUAAAGAUGUCCACCACAAAGAUGUCCACCACACAGUGAUUGCAAUGACAUCUCUGAGGAGGCAGCAACACCACAACACUCGUGUAAAGACUGCCAGAAGAUUCAGGAAAAAAAAAAAAAUUAGGUGACAGAAAGAAAUUGAGAGAGGAAGUGCAAUACUAACAGUCGAUAUUUUCAUUUAAGAGACAAUAUCACUGACAGUGUUAUAGACAACAAAGUGUUAGUGAAAAUAAUCGGCAUUCUGGAGCCUGUCUUCAGUAAAUAUCAAAAUGAGCCUAUCACAAGUAAAGACGAAGAGGUGAAGUACUGGAA